UUGGUUUCUUGUCGAGAUCAUGUUGUGUCGUCGGCUGCCGCUAUUUUUCUCGUGUCUCUGUCUUAUGGUGAUUUUGACGGCGAGAGACGCGAUUUUUCUUUCGGGGAAUAAAAACGUCAUUUCGAAAAAAGACGAAAGAAAUCUUCAAGUACUUCCCUCGACGAACGAGAACGAUGGAGCAGCCACCGGGCAAACAGGCGUGUCAUUAUAUUCUCUUUAUUCUUCAACAGUACAUGGCGAAUUAGUGAUGAGGUUUUCAAAGAGGAGUGAAAAUCUCAGGGCAAAAUGUGCGAAAUUUCAGGGUGAUUUGCCCGGUAGGUUGAGGAUGUGGUUACCUCCAGCUAUGUAUUAUUCGCAGAAGUAUAAAAUUCUCGGAUGUCUGAUUGCCAAGGCAGGUGUGACUACUUGGAAAGUUCACCUUAACCGGAUGUUGGGCCACAAUAGAGACAUGGACAGUACGGACAAUAUUAAAGCCAUCAAAAUGAUGUCACCUUCCAAGCUGACUCGGUUGAUGACAGCUGAUGACGUCACAAGAGUGAUUAACGUACGUAACCCGAUCGAUCGCCUUGUGUCCGCUUAUAAGGAUAAGUUCUAUAAUGGGAAAACCUAGGAUCGUCGAUGGAAGAAUUUCUUCCAGGAGGCCUUUAAGUUAAUUGGCAGACCUUGGCAACGUGGGACAGUGACUUCGAUAACCUUUCGAGAAUUCCUACAGUAUGUUAUCAAGGAAUCGAAACGCGGUCUGGACACCAUGAACUGCCACUGGCGUCCAAUCCACACCGUCUGUCAACCUUGUACUACAGAAUACAAGUACAUCAUGAAGCUAGAAACUAUAGAAGAAGACUUCGCGUUCCUCAGAGAAGAACUGGCCAUCCGCGAAAUGAAUGUGACUUUAAAAAUGAACGUAAACAAGAAACGGGAAUCUCGAACCAGUGAUGAUUAUUUCAAGGGUCUUCCUGUCGAUCUGCUGGCGGGUAUCAAGCGCCUGUAUAAGUACGAUUUUACUCUCUUUGACUAUGCAAUACCUGAUUAUUUGGAGAACCUAGGCUAGCGAGGGAAGUGAUGGUCAUCUGAAUACGUAUUUUAUAAAAUCUACACAUCGACAAAAUCUAAUUUUAAGAUGUUAUAUAAGGUCCAUUUAUUUACUUUAUUUUACUCUUUUUCAAUUUUAUUUCUAUUUAAUUAUAAUAGAAGCAAGUGUUUUUUUUUCUUAUUACGUAGUAGCCUAGACCUUUGAUCGUGCACAUAGUAUUUUUCCUAAUACACAGAGAAUGUUGAGAAAUGCAUAGGCAAGAGGUGCGAGCGUAGUGACAAAAUUGGCGCGCAAAAAACACACACAAAAAACGCAACUAUUGUAAUAAAUAUCAACACUAUAAAGAAUAGUGAUCUUAGUCCACUAGUUUGUGUUUUUGUUUUACUUCUCUUCAAAGAUGCAUAUUCUAAUAUAAGAUAGAAAGAAAGUGCGUCAUAAAACAUUAUCUGAGCAAAAAGAACCCUUGCCUUGCGAGCAGAUUCGAAACACACGCAACAUGCCACAUAUCUAAACUGAAUAAUGCUAAAGGUUCCGCUAUGCUAAUUACUCACGUUUCUUCGGGGUUUAGUUUACUCAUUUACACAUUUAUUAGUCUACCAUGUCGUAGUUUAUUAUAGCUUUAAGAAUUUAAAAGAAAAUCGUAUUCGGAAAGCCACGUGUAGAUACCACCUGGUUGAUUGUUAUUGUUUCAAAUAGCAGUAACUUCCAAGCUUAUUUUAAUUUUCCGCGUUUACUCCCAUGACUGAACUAUUCAUUUACAUCAAUUUUAGGCUAAUGUGAUAGUUUUCAUACCAGGCCACCAUAAUCGUCAUAUUUCAUUCCUAUUUAUUCACAUUUGCAUUUGCAUUUGAGAACCUGGUAAUAACAAUCACUCGCAGUUGGUUGGAACACUAGCAAUAGCUAUAUAAAAAUGUACAGUCGUGUCUAGAAACAGAAUUCAUUGUGGCAAAUAAAAAAAUGCAUUAAUAACAUUUGGUUUAUUUAUGAUAAUCAUUGUCAUUCAUACCUUUUCUAGAAUUGUGUUAAGUCUUCCCCAUUUCACUUUACUCUUUUGGCUGUAAUAUCGAUAAACUGCAAUUAAAAACUACACGCUGGUAAUAUUCACAUUUGUCUUUUUAUAACCUCUGAGCUCAUUGUAAGGCUUUUACCUGAUUUAGUCUCUUUUCUGAAGUCCGGAGCCCGUCUGUUUCACAACCACACGCAUUUGACAAUUCCUCCUCUCGAUACCCAAGCUUCUUGAC